AUUUUGCUUCAUUUGCACGGUAUAUAUCCCAGUCUGUGUGUGAGUGUGUGUGGUCUGUGGAGUGUAUGGUUGAUUUGGUUGGUAAUUGGCUAAGCUAGCUAUAGCAUGGCGUUCUCGUCGGAGGGCGGCGUGCCGGCGGAGAGGGUGGCGGCGGCGGUGAACGACCUGGUGGAGGUGCGCGACGGAUUGGUGAGGCUGAGGGGCUUCUUGCCGCCGCCGCCGCAGGCCGAGCAAUCGUCGUCGCGGCCGCCGUGCGCGGCGGAGCUGAUGGACGCGACGAUGAGCAAGCUGAUGAGCGCGAUGGCCACGUUGGGCGGCAGCGGCGACAUCGCCGGGGAGGUGGACGCGGCGGGAAGGUGGACCUCGGUGGCCGAGUCGGCCGAUCCGAUGGUGGUCAGGCGGGAGGGCGAGAGCUCGGCCGGGAGGACGAGGAGGCGCCGCGGCGGCGGCAGCAGGUCAGGACGAGGACGCUCCUCUAACAAGAGAGUCGCCGCAACACUAGAAGACGGUCACGUGUGGCGGAAAUAUGGGCAGAAAGAUAUCCAAAACUCACCUUAUCCAAGGAGCUACUACAGGUGCACGCACAAGCUAGACCAAGGCUGCGGUGCCAGGAGGCAAACCCAGCGCUGCGAGGCCGACCCGUCGAAUUACGACAUCACCUACUACGGCGAGCACACCUGCAGGGACCCUUCCACGAUUAUCCCGACGGCCAUCGCCAACGCCGCCGGCGCGGCGAGCGACGGGCCAAACAACAACAUCAUCAGCUUCGCCACAGGCGGCGUCGUUGUUGCUAAUUCGUCUCGGCUGGCGAGGGAAGGGACGACGGCGACGACGACGAGCGCGGCCACGCAGCUGUCCUCCUCGUGGGGCACGAGCGGCGGUGGCGGCGGCGGCGACGACGUGUUCAGCUCGUCGGGGGAGCGGUUCAUGCAGUGGGACGAGCUCGCGGCGGCCGUCGGGCACGUGAGCUCGGUGGGGGUGACGUCGUCGACGGUGGGCUCCGCGCCGGCGGCGGAGAACGACGGCGGAAACGGUGACACGGCUGCGGGAGGAGGAGGAGACGGCGGCGGCGCGGGCAGCUUCCCGUCGUCUCCGAGCGCCGGCAGCCUCGGUUUUGUGGUCGGCCCGCUCGGGAGCAUCGAGGACGUCGAUGACUUCUUCCCGUUCGAUCCCUGAGAUGAGAUCGGCGCCGUCGAUUGAACCAGCAGUUUGCAGCGGACGGAUUUACACAACGUUCGUAGUAUACUACCAGUACAUAGUAGCAAACGCAUCAAGGCUUUAGUAUUAAGUUGCAUAAUGGCAUCUCUGUGGAAAUCAAAUAAGCAAAUAUAGAACCAUCUAGUACAUUAAGUAGGUUGCUUAUCUACAGACUAGACUACAGUGACUCACACAGCUUCUAGCUGUGCAAGUUGGUUAAGGUGAUGUUUUAGAUUGAAAUCCAAGCCACGCAUGUUGAUGAGCCGGAAUUGGGCUCACUAAAAUGUGGCUUAAGUUUUUGUUUUUUUGUUUGGAUUGCUUGUUGGCGGCCCAAUGGUAAACGGUCACUCUUUUCUUCUCAGUUUGCAAGCCUAGCCCACUAUACCGACAAGGAAAAACCCAUGUAAUCUGCUGGGCUCAAACUGGCUUCUCCUUUUCAGGCUGGAUGACUAAACCAUGUGAACUGUAUUUUACCAAAGAAACAAAACAAGGGAAAACAAAUUGAGUGA